CCCUGGGAUGGUCAUGGCCUAGAUUCAGUCAAUUAAUUCAACGUAAACCAAUUUUCUGUGUGUGUCAGGACGUACUGGUCUCGCAUUUGUGGAAGACACUGGUCUAAUCUGGUGUAAAACUGCUGACGAGAUGGAGAUUCUAGGACUGGUGGAGGCUCCUACUUGGAUCCUUGUGGUCUUCAGUCUCCUGCUUGGGCUCUAUUUUUAUUAUCGCUGUUACUUUUUGUACAUUGACCGAUGUGGCUUCACUGGGCCUUUCCCUCUUCCCUUGAUAGGUACCAUGUACCGCAUGCGAGGGAAAACGCUUUUAGAACUUGAGUUGGAACUCUAUAAUCAGUACAAGGACAAGGGAGUUUGCAGAACGUUCAUCUUUCACACCCCAUUCAUCAGUGUGGUUGACCCUGAGUUGAUGAAGGAGAUCUUAGUGAAGAGAUUCAACGACUUUCCUAAUCGUCUGGUCUUUGAUUUUAAUACUCCCGAGUUCGAACGUGCCAUGACAAAUCUGCAGAACGAUCACUGGAAACACAUCCGUAGCAUCGCAUCACCUACCUUCACUUCAGGGAAACUGAAAAAUAUGAUGCGCUUGGUGAAGAGCGCGUCCAAUUCAUUUCAACAAGGGAUGGCAGAAAAGGUGGCGAAAGGAGAGAAUGUUGACCUUAAAGAUGCAACGGGAGCUUAUACGAUGGACGUCAUUGCCAGUACAAUGUUUGGCAUACAGAUCGACUCGCAGAAGGAUCCUGACGACCCUUUCGUUAAGAACGCCAGGAAGAUAUUCAAUAUCAGUCUUGGUAACUGGAAAUUUGUUCUGAUUCUUCUCUUCCCUCAGUUGGGGCCUGUGAUGAAGAAACUUGGGUUCUACCUUUUCGAAAAAGAUAUCGUCGAUUUCUUCGUUGGGGUAGUGGAUCAGGUGAUGAAAGAACGAAAGGAAGGGAAGGAGACGUAUGUUGACUUCAUGCAACUGAUGGUCAAUGAAGAAGUCGGCGAUGAUGCGAUCGACAGAGAGACAUCAUUACCAACAGGCACCAAGUGGAAAUGGAGUUCGAAAGGCAUUCUACGUAAGGAGAUUCUGGCGAACGCGGUGGUUUUUUUCAUUGCGGGAUAUGAUACCACAGCCACGACUCUUGCCAUCUUGGCCUACAACCUUGCCAUGAACCCGGAGAUACAGGAUAAAGUCAUCGCCGAAAUUGAUCAGGAGAUUGGAGACAAGGAAGUGACCUACGAAUCAGCCCAGCGGCUGACGUACCUCGAAAUGGCAUUGUCGGAGUCAUUACGCAUGUAUCCACCAGCUAUUCGAUUUGACCGCGUGGCCAACCAUGAUGUGACCAUCAAUGGCAUUAUCUUCCCCAAGGGUGUCAGUGUGGGCUUCCCCAUCUACGGAAUACACCAUGACCCGGAGAUUUGGCCAAAUCCCUUCAAAUUCGACCCUGAAAGAUUCACGGCAGAGGAAAAGGCAUCUCGGAACCCCUAUCACUACAUGCCAUUUGGCUCCGGCCAGAGGGCAUGCAUCGGAAUGAGACUGGCUGUGAUGGAGAUCAAGGUUGCCCUGGCAACAUUCUAUGCCAAGAACAAAUUCGUCAAAUGUGACCAAACCCCGGAAAAGUUGGAGUUCAAGUCGCUUGGUUUACUACAGUUCAAGGACCCUGUAAUAGUUGGGCUUGAAUCCAGGAAAUAGUGCAUAGUGUGACAGAAAAUGCGUGGAAAAAGCACUUGUUCUGUCUUUAAUGUACUGCUGUUGUGUCUUAAAGGAAAGGUUGGAGUUCAAGACUUUUGGUCAUCUACAGUUCACGACUAAAGUGAUUGUGCAGGCUGAGGACAGAACGUCGGCUGGUAAUAUUAACUCGAUGGCGUAACUCUCGAUGACGUCACACUAUAAUACCCCCUUGCCCAAACAAGUCUGUUCAUCAUGGGACUCCAUCAUACCCACUGCAGUAUCAUGGUUGAUGCAAGAAGCGAUUUUCAUUGGAAAUAAGUUCUGUUACUUUUCAAGGGAAAACGUGUUGAAACAAAUCAAAUUAAUCUUUGUUAACAAUAAAGUCUAUUUACGAUUUGAUAGUAAAUUUCAAUUAUGAGUAGAUGUAUAUUAUUUAGUUAAGAAAAACUCAUAACUUAAUGUAUCUAGAGUUAUUGUCAUUAGAUUCCAUAGUAAUCAUUAUGUCUUGUACUUGUUUAUUUUUUGUUCGUUUCAUGGUAAAAUUGACACCGUCUGUGCGCAAACCGAGGGCCUGACAUGGAGACAUCGUCACGACCUAUUUCUCACGCGCGCACCAAUUAUACAUGUAGAUUGAUGCUUGUCUCUGUCCUCAAGACGUUUAGUUCACUUGCUGUAACACUAGGUGUCUCCACGGGCACCUCGGAGAUUGAAGAUGGAUGAAUAAACACCGCUCGAAGA